UUCUUUACUGCUUUUUCCACUGGAUGGACAAACAUAUGUAAAUGUUUUUGCUUUUGACUGGUUUGAGUGGACUGAGCCCACUCAUGUAGCUGGAGCUCACCUCGUUUAUCAGGUUUUAUCUUUGGUCACUUUCUGUCUUUGAGUCCUGACUGCUGAGAUGAUCUUUGUGACCUUUGUCAUCACUAAGUUAGUUUCCUGUUCUUUUCCACACUGAUGUUGUGUUCACUGCUCUUUCAGUUUGUUUGUGGAUUUUAAAUAAUCGAUCCUGUUGACUUCAUUCUUUCUUACAGAGGCGUACAUGUUCCCAGCUGAGGCCUCGGUCCUCCUGGCCUUCCUGCUUGUUGCACUUGCUGUCAUUGUGGGUCUUUCAGUAUAUGUGAGGAGAUUACUCAACAAAGCCUCCCAGGUGGAGGUGGAUUCAGGGGUGGAGACAGUCUACCUACUUUGCAAAACCACACAAAACCUGCCUGAAGACACUAAAGUGGAGUGGAAGGACAACUAUAGAAGUUUGGAAAACUAUAGGAAGGUCCACGUGUAUGAGAACGGCUCUGACCAGCCUGAAGAACAGCACCAGGUUUACAGAGACCGAACGAAGAUGAAUGAAGACCUGCUGAAAACUGGAGACCUCAGUCUGACCCUGAAAUACCCCACAGAUGGAGACAACCACACCUACACCUGCACCGUCUACAGCAGGAAGGGAAACAUCCUGCUGAAGAGAAAGGUGGAGCUGAACGUCAGAGUCUGUCAGGUGGAGGUGGAGGAGGGGGCGGAGUCUGUCCAGCUGCCCUUCAAAACCACACAAAACCUGCCUGAAGAUACUAAAGUGGAGUGGUGGGAGGUCGGUUCAUACGACACUGUCCACGUGUAUAAGAACGGCUCUGACCAGCCUCACAAACAGCACCAGGUUUACAGAGACCGAACGAAGAUGAAUGAAGACCUGCUGAAAACUGGAGACCUCAGUCUGACCCUGAAACACCCCACAGAGAGAGACAGUGGGAGAUACAGAUGUGACGUUGGUGGGAAGAUCUGGAGAGACAAAACAGUGCAACUCAAAGUGAAAGGGAGAGUUCAGGUCCAGGAUCAAACAGGGGACAUCAGGAACAGAAGCAGCUCCAUUGAUCCGACUCCUCUGAUGGCUGAUCAAUCAGUUUGAUCUGUG